AUGCCCUUCUUGUCGUUCAAACUUUCUCGAAAUUCCAAACAGCAAGUCGAUGAUGAUCUCUCUCAUUUGGACUCGACGAAGAAAAAUUCUACGAGUUCCGAAACAGCUGAUGUAGUGAUUGGAAACAAAGAGUUCACGGUGAAUGGUUUUGUUUCCAUUCCGUCAGAAUUAUUGUUACACAUGGCUCAAUAUAUCGGAUCAUUGAAAGAUUUGUUAUCUUUUGCAUCAUGUCAUUCCAUCUUGUUGCAACUUUUAUUUAAUCAGAAUAGAAAAUUGAAAAGCAGUCCACAUAAUGUUGUUCAGAUAUCAGAACAGACUUUGGAAAUGCAUUUUGGAGUUUCAACCAAUCACGAACUCAACUCUCAACUUUUAAGUGAUGAAAAUGAUUUGUUUCAAGCCACUCAACAACAAGUUUGGAAAAGUUUGGUGUGUUAUUAUUUUCCAAAUUUUGAAAAAUCAUUGAAUGUGAAAAAUUGGAUGCAUGUUUUGAAACGACGCAUUCAACAUUUGAAACUUUACACUCCUCAUUUGCUUCCUUUAAAACCUCAAAUUUCCUCAAAACCUUUUAAAGUUGUUUCAAGACAAACCUCAACACCCAAAGGAGAUGAGUUGUUUAUUGAGAACUGUGAAUGGAUUUACAAAUGUCCUUUGAAAUAUGAAGAACUUAAUGAAGGACCUCACGUCAUCAAAGGAUCCUCUCAUAGUUUACCAAAGGUUCAAUUUUGUUCUGUCUGUUCCAAGAAUGUGUAUUUAGUGAGAAAUCAGGUCGACUUGAAAGAUCAUGUCAUGAAAGGAAAUUGUGUGGCAUUUACAAGUGAGUCACUUUUACUAUCUCUACCAUCUCCACAAGUGAUGGGAAGCAUGGUCUACAUUCCUCCUAACGCACACUUUAGUACCGAUAUCAGGGCUAGUCCAAAAAGGAGUUACAAAUAG